UACACUUCUACCAUAUAUACGCGCCUUCGUUCUGUUCUCGUCAACAGGCAUGACGCUUCCUGCAAACGACGCCUUCUCGUUAGGUCUCGCACACGACCAGCCCCGUCGCUCGAGCUCGCGAGCUCGCACUUCGUCGCUCCCACGUCGCUCCUCUUCCCCCAAAAUAUCUUUUUCUCCACCUUCUUCCACGUCGAGCAGCAUCGUCUUCUCGUCACAGUCAGCAAAUGGAAUGCCUGCAAAGAGGGGACAUAAACGCAAGGCAUCUGCAAGAAAUGGUUCCCAACAGCUGAAACAGAACGGAGAGGCGACGAUAGAGGAACUUAUAGAGGAGGUCGACGCGCGGAUAGCACGCGAGCGCAAGCUGUCCCCCAACGGCUCACCUGAUAAGCGCAAGACAGUAAAAAAAGAGAUUGAUUGGGAGAUUCCUCGCAAGGUGUUGCAUUCAUCCAUUGGUUUCUUUACAAUAUAUCUAUACACCUCCCAAGGCAACCCACAAAAAGUUGUUAUUGCCUUGAGCUCUGCCCUUGCUAUUCUUGUUCCAAUAGAUAUUCUCCGCCUAAAGUACCCCCUCUUUGAACGCGCCUUCGAGAAAUGUGUUGGGAUCUUUAUGCGCGAUAGUGAAAAGAAAUCAUCCAAUGGGGUCAUAUGGUAUAUUCUCGGCGCCAACACCGCGCUAAUCGCAUUGCCUCUCGACAUCGCAGUCGUCUCAAUCCUUAUCCUUUCUUGGGCUGAUACGGCCGCAUCCACUUUCGGCCGUCUCUGGGGGCCACUCACGCCCCCGCUCCCUGCACGACUCCUUGGUCUCCCCCUUGCCUCUCGUAAAAGUCUGGCAGGCUUCAUCGCAGCCUCACUCACAGGCGCUGCGGCCGCCGCCGGAUUCUGGACGUGCCUCGGCCCGAUGAGAGACAACUUGACGUGGUCCUGGGACGCUGGUGUAUCGAGUGCGUUUAGCGGCGGGAGUGUGGAAGGUGGGAAGGUUUUCAGUGGGUGGGUAGGUCUUACUGUUGUGACUGUGUGUGCGGGUCUAGUUUCGGGUGUUGCUGAAGCACUUGAUUUGGGCUCUGUGGACGAUAAUUUCAGUCUACCAAUCAUCGCUGGUGGCUGUCUAUGGGGACUCUUCAAAGUCCUUGGCUGGCUAGGCGACAUCUUUUUAUGAUUCCCAUGUUCAAGUUCUCCGCUGUGAUCUUCGCCUUCAGCUUCAAUAAUCGGAUACUUCCAAUUUAAGUGCUCCAUACGUUCAAUUCUCCAGUAGUGGAUAUUUUACCUGACAUAGUGAUGACGAGAGUGUGACACGACACGAUCAUGACGAUGGAUGAUAUAUUAACCGAUUUCAUGCGUUUGUCUGUGCUGCUUAUAAUGUGCUGGUUAGUAGAAGUAGAGUACUAUAGUCAUUCAUCCGUAUACCAAAUUCAAGCUCUUUUUGUGUCUCU